AUGGCCAACGAGAUUCCUUUGGAGGAGGCCAGGACUCCUGACCUGGAGCGCAAUGACAAUCGUCACUUUUUGAGAAAUCAUACCGUGCGAGAUUUCUCCUGGCAAGACCUGACUGUGACGGUGAAAGAUCGUCAGACGAAGAAAUCGCGGGAUCUGAUCAACAGCAUCAGCGGACAUGUGCAGCGCGGAGAGCUCAUGGCCUUGAUGGGGCCGUCGGGCUGCGGCAAAACCACCCUGCUCAAUGUAUUGGCUCGACGUUCCGCGUCGGGGGCAAAAGUCCUCGGGGAUAGUUAUGUCAAUGGCAUCAAACUCGACUCGCGUGUCUUUGAGCGGAUUACCUCGUAUGUCGAGCAGGAGGACGCCCUGAUUGGGUCGUUGACCGUGCAAGAGACGUUAAAGUUCGCGGCGGAUCUCUCGUUGCCCAGUAGCGUCUCAAAACGACAGCGUAUGGACCGCAUCGACACUCUUAUCGAAGCCUUUGGGAUUCGGAAUCAGGCGAAAACUCUCGUGGGAACACCCAUUCGGAAGGGAAUCAGCGGUGGCCAGAAGAGACGGGUCAGUGUUGCUAGCCAACUGAUUACCUGCCCCAAGAUAUUGUUCUUGGACGAGCCAACCAGUGGACUGGACUCAACGGCCAGCUUUGAAGUAAUGUCGUAUGCGAAGGAACUUGCUCGCGCCAACAACCUCAUUAUCAUUGCGAGUAUCCACCAACCAUCGACAACCACCUUCCAACUGUUCGAUCAGUUACUCCUCCUCUCGGGUGGACGAACAUGCUUCUUUGGGCCCGUUUCGAACGUGGAGAGGUAUUUCCGUGACAUUGGAUAUCCGAUUCCCUCACAAACAAACCCAGCCGAGUUCCUCCUGGACAUUGUCAGCGCAGAUUUCUCUAGCUCCAAGGAAGCGGCCCAGGAUCGUGUUCAGAGGAUCCAGUCCGCCUGGGCAGAGUCCGCUGAGGCAUAUCAACUAGUAAGACAAGUGUCAGCGCAAGCCCGAGUGACUGAGAAAGAGCAUGGAAGACUCUCCACUGAGGACCUGGUUCGACCAAGUGCAAUCGGGAUCACCACUGCUCUACUGCAUCGCUCUUUCAUCAAGAGCUAUCGUGAUGUCGUCGCUUAUGGGAUUCGAAUUGUCAUGUACCUCGGACUGGCAAUUAUGAUGGGCACGGUGUGGUUACGGCUGCAUCCGUCACAGGAGUAUAUCCAGCCUUUUAUAAACGCGAUUUUCUUCGGUUCAGCGUUCAUGUCCUUUAUGGCUGUCGCCUAUGUGCCAGCCUUUCUGGAGGACCGCGCGACUUUUGCCAAAGAGAGGGUCAACGGCUUAUAUGGUGCAACUCCAUUCAUGGUGUCCAAUUUCCUCAUUGGCCUGCCAUUCUUGUUCCUCAUCUCUCUUCUAUUUUCCGUCGUUUCAUACUGGCUUUCCAACUUCCAGCCCACUUCGGAAGCAUUUUUCACCUGGGUUAUGUGGAUAUUUCUGGACCUUGUGGCUGCCGAGUCACUGGUGGUCUUUGUGACAGCAAUAUUCCCCAAUUUCGUGAUUGCACUUGCCCUUGUCGCCUUCGCCAACGGGCUGUGGAUGAGCGUGGGGGGAUUCCUUGUGACACCGACCAUCCUUAACCCGUUUUGGAAAUAUGUCUUUCAUUACAUUGAUUAUCAGGCGUAUGUUUUCCAGGGUAUGAUGGUGAAUGAGUUCUCGCACAGAAUAUACUCGUGUGGUCCUCAGUGUCAGUGUAUGUAUACCACUGACCUGGCAUCAGAAUGCAAGAUUCGUGGGACUGGCGUGUUAGAGACUUAUGGGUAUGCGACUGGGAGGACAGGCAAGUGGGCUGGCAUUUUGAUUGGCAUUAUUGCUGUGUAUCGCCUUUUGGGAUGGAUUGCCCUCUCCUUGCGCAGAACUUGA